AUGAUAUCAUCCAUGAUUCUAAGAGAAGAUGUACCGAUGUAUUAGAAGGGUAUAUUUUGCUUUUACUAUAUGCGAACGGAAUACAAAAGGCUCCAUAAUAAGUCUGUAUAAAUACAACCAAAAUCCUUCUCAUUUGUUGAUAACAAUGUUGAUUACAUUUCCAUUUACGAAAGCUCUAUCAAAUAAAUAGACUUAUAAAUUUAAAAGAGCGAUGUUCAAAUAAAUUACUCUUCUGAUGGUUUAGCAAAUGCAAUAGUGUGUGCAUAUUUUAUAGACAAAAAAUUUGAUUUCGAUUCAGCUUUGUAUGUGAUGACUGAUUGCCUAGGAAUUGACAAGCCUCAAGUUCGUUAUUUGAAUAGUUUAAAAAGAUUUGAAGCUUAAUUAAACUGUGAACCAAUUUUGAAUAGAAGUUCUAUUAUUCUAAACUCAGAGAUGGAUUUAGAGAAAACCAUAUAAAAUUCUAUUGUUCAAUCUGAGAUUCUCAACUUUCCUAUAUUUAGCUAAAGAUUAAUUGAAACCUAGAGAAACUCGUAAAUUCUACCUUCUGAAUAUUAAGCAACUUCUGAAAUCUACAAUCAAUAACCAAUCAGCUUUAUAUCAUUUGGAUAAUAGGAACUUUAAAAUAUCAAUGAAGAGCCUGAAAUCAAUAAAAUUUAAUCUUCAAUUAUUUUGAACAAAAAAUCAUGA